AAUAUAUUGAUAAGCCAGCUGAUUUCAGAAUCAAAAUAAUGAUUAGCCAGCUGUUUGCAGAAUCAAAAUAUUGAUUCUCGCCGGGAUAAGCCGCCGUGAUGAAUCAAUAUCUUGAUUAUUUUCAAGACGCUUUCCUAAACUAACCAAAGAGGUUAGGGCUAUUGUUUCGUGCCUGGCGGGUAGCUUCAACAUUGUUCUUCAUUUUGUGAAAAAAUUAUCUUGAAAUUAUAGCCGGUUGCUGAAGAAUUGACGUUUCUGUGAUGGUCUGCACGUAUGCCCAUAUAUGGUCAAAGCUCCGCCCACUAGAAUCAAUAUUUUGAUGCCUCCAUAUUUUGAUUCCCGCCGCCUAGUUUGCCCAACUGUAGUCGUGCCUGGGCUGUUUCUGGCGACUCAGUAUAACCCCCUUCGGUUUGUCGCCUUCUGAUCAACCGAUUUUACUGUCAAAAUUUUGCAAUGAGUGGAGAACCAUCCGCCAAUCAAGGAGCAACGGCAAAUGGCAAGGUUGGAGGGAACAAGAAAAAGAAGGAUAAGGGAGCUCCCGCUCAGGAGAAGAGCGAAGAUACCACGGUAGUAAGUGCCAGUCAGGGAAAUCAGAUGAAGAACCUGAACAACCUGCGGAAGGCAAUGGAGCUGCUGUCGGUCACCCAGGGCCGGGAACAGUUCCACCAGGGGCCGGCCAAGACCCAGGACGAGGCCAAACGGAAAAAGUAUCAGUUCUGGGAGACUCAGCCUGUCCUUAAAAUAGACCAAGAUGCCGAGGGUAAUGAGCCCCUGGAAGGUGACAAGGAGGUCUCUGAGGUCCGUGCCGAGCCCUACUCGCUGCCUGAUGGCUUCAAGUGGGACACCAUGAACCUGGACGAUCCAGAGCAGCUGAACGAGCUGUACACUCUGCUGACCAACAACUACGUGGAGGAUGACGACAACAUGUUCCGGUUCGACUACUCGCCAAAGUUCCUCGACUGGGCGCUGCGUCCACCGGGCUGGGUGACCGACUGGCUCUGCGGGGUGCGUGUCACAAAGUCCAACAAACUGGUGGGAUUCAUCUCCGCCAUCCCAGCCACCAUCAACAUCUACAAACGGACGCAGCGUAUGGUCGAGGUGAACUUCCUCUGUGUGCACAAGAAGCUGCGCUCCAAGCGCGUGGCGCCUGUGCUCAUCAAGGAGAUCACGCGCCGAGUGAACCGGACCGGCAUCUUCCAGGCGGUGUACACGGCCGGAGUGGUGCUGCCCAAACCCGUCGGUACUUGCAGGUACUGGCACCGCUCGCUGAACCCCAAGAAGCUGAUUGAGGUCAAGUUCAGCCAGCUGUCCCGCAACAUGACGAUGCAGCGGACGCUGAAGCUGCACCGUCUGCCGGCGGAGACGGAGACGGAGGGGUUCCGGCGGCUGACUCCGGCCGACGUGCCGGCCGCCAUGAAACUGCUGAACGACUACCUGGGCCAGUUUGACCUGGCGCCAUCGUUUGACGAGGAGGAGUUCCGACACUGGUUCACGCCGAGACCCACCAUUGUCGACAGCUACGUCGUCGAAAAGGACGGCAAAGUCACCGACUUUGUGAGUUUCUACAGCCUGCCGUCGACCAUCAUGCACCACCCGACGCACAAACAGCUGAUGGCGGCCUACUCGUUCUAUAACGUCGGCCGCAGCACGCCGCUGCUGCAGCUCAUGAGGGACGCCCUCAUCACCGCCAAAAACGAGGGUUUCGAUGUGUUCAACGCGCUCGACCUGAUGGAGAACAAGUCUUUCCUGGAGCCGCUCAAGUUCGGCAUCGGCGACGGCAACCUGCAGUACUACCUCUACAACUGGAAGUGCCCCAGCAUGGAGCCCAAACAGAUCGGUCUCGUUCUGCAAUAAGCUCCACCACGACCUAGCAAAGAUACCACCAUGUGGGGUAGACGACAGCAACCGAGCCUGCUGGCACUGCCAUCUGUCGGUAGUUUGCGAGGCGGAACUGCUCGCCUUCUUCACCAGGUGGCGGUGGUUUUACCUCUGGCUACGCGCAGUAGCCACGAGCGACACUGGCAUCAUAUAGCUGCCGGCGACGGCGUUCGCCUGGACUCGUCGGCAUCUGCAGGACCGAGAGCGCUUGCGCCACUACCGCCCGGUGCCAGAACAUGUUUACUCGCGAUUUUGUGUCUAUCUAUGCGUCGGACCGCGCGCGAUGCUGAGCGCGAGCGUCCUCGUGUGUAUGUGUGUGAUUCUGAUUCGUAAUCAAGUGACUGGGUGCGGAUUUCGGAGAUGCAAAUCGACAAUAGCGGCCGGAGAGCGAUGGCCUAAGCUGUGGGGAUCUAGUCGUGAUCGCACGUCUUCUCUUUCACUUUUCUUGCCCAGCGCUUGCUUUGUUGCGCCGCCCGAGAGCAGAAGCGCCUCGCUUUUUCCGAGUCCCAUUUCUUGCGGCUAUCUGAUAUUCUGACUCGUUACACGCAAAGACUUUUCGUUUUCGUUCCGUACUCAUACGGAUGAAUAACCGACGUCUUUGACUCGAUAAUCUGACAUUCACUCUGCUUGCGGCACUGUAAUGAUUUCUCGCCGGCUCCUUGGCGCAGUGCUGAUCUGGUUAUCCUGCGUUGGAGCAGCGCUCCCGGGUUAGACAGCUCACGUUGCCUGACACGACCACACUUAGUCCGCUCGGCGGCAUUUUGUACAGCGCUGCCGGCCAGGGCGAAUACACGAGUGCACGAAUCA